AUGAGAGGCAUGAACCGGUCACUUGUCUCUGAGUUCCUCCUCCUGGGACUCUCCAGGCAGCCCCAGCAGCAGCAGCCCCUCUUCCUGCUCUUCCUCAUCAUGUACCUGGCCACCGUCCUGGGAAACCUGCUCAUCAUCCUGGCCAUCGGCACUGACUCCCGCUUGCACACCCCCAUGUACUUCUUCCUCUGCAACCUGUCCUUUGUGGAUGUCUGCUUCUCCUCCACCACUGUCCCCAAGGUGCUGGUCAACCACAUAUUCAGGAGUCAGGCCAUCUCCUUCUCUGGGUGUCUUACACAGAUGUAUUUUCUGUUUCAACUUGCUGACAUGGACAAUUUCCUCCUGGCUGUGAUGGCCUAUGAUAGAUUUGUGGCCAUAUGUCACCCUUUACACUACACAACAAAGAUGACCCAUCAGCUCUGUAGCCUAUUGGUGGCUGGAUCAUGGGUCAUUGCCAGCCUGAAUGCUCUCCUGCACACCCUACUCAUGGCUCAACUCUCAUUCUGCUCAAACAAUACCAUCCCCCACUUUUUCUGUGAUGUGACUCCCCUCCUGAAACUUUCCUGUUCAGACACACACCUCAAUGAGAUGAUGAUUCUCACGGAGGGAGCUGUGAUUAUGGUCACCCCAUUUGUCUGCAUCCUCGUUUCCUACAUCCACAUCAUUUGUGCUGUCCUGAGAGUCCCAUCCCCAAGGGGAAGAUGGAAAGCUUUCUCCACCUGUGGCUCCCACCUGGCUGUGGUCUGCCUCUUCUAUGGCACCAUCAUCGCUGUGUAUUUCAAUCCUUCUUCCUCACACGCCACUGAGAAGGACACAGCAGCCACUGUGCUGUACACAGUGGUGACCCCCAUGCUCAACCCUUUCAUUUACAGCCUGAGGAACAGGGACUUGAAAAGGGCUCUUUGGAAAGUGGUCCACAGAAAGAUAUUCUCUUUUUGA